GCAGGUAGAACUGGCCACCCACGAGGACCAGGUGAAGAAGAUGGACGCCCUCAUGAUGUACGCUAAUGAAGCACUCAAGGAAGAGGACCAUGCCAGCUUCCUACAGAGUGUGAGAGAGGUGGAUGGAAGCCCCAGGACCAGUAGAAAUCCUGAGAGAGGCCUGCCAUGCCACCAGUGGGAAAGCUAUCCUGCACUGGCAGCCUAAGACUAAAGGUGUCGUUGAUAGCUACACCAUCACGUGCCUGAUCAAAACGCUAUCGUGGACAGAGGAGAUAGCGAAGGUGACAUGUCCACAGCCCUACCAGAUCUUCACAGACCUCAGGCCCAGUACUAAGUACAUCUUCCAGAUCUGUGCUAACAACAAGUGUGGGCCUUCUCCACCCGAAACUGUGGAACUCUUCACUAAACCCCCCCUCCCCCUAGUUCUCCAGGCAGGCAAUGCCACCGGCUCUUCCAUCCAGAUCAAGUGGUGUGACUACAACCUGGGGGACCUGAAGAUCAUCUACUACCUGCUCUCCUAUAGGCUGGCUGCCAGGUCUUCCUACCAGAUACAGACCAAUGAUGACUGGGGAGAGAUCUCUAACAUCAUGGGACUGGAGUACAUACUGGAUGGUCUCAACAGCAGGAGUCGAUAUGAUGUAAAAGUCACUGCACUGUACCAGGCGGGUACCAGUGUGACCAGCGAAGUGUUCCAGUACUGGACAAGGGGGAUGUGA